GCAGGCUGCUCAGGAAGUGCCGUCCCCGCGCCCCCUCCCCCGGCCACGCCGCCGCGCUCGCUCCCUCCCUUCCUGCGCGUGGGCCGGCGAGACGGCGGCGGGGACUGCAGGCGGAGGCCCGGGCGGGCGGCCGGCCGCGGGCUCCCAGAAGAGGCACUGAGGCCCAGAGAGACUCACACACAGGUUCGACACCGCGCCACCAACUGAAGACCCCAAAAGGAUCCCGGUGAUGCUGCCCAGGCUGUGAACAGGGAAGGCAGCGCUGUGGGGGCUGCUGGCAGCCGGGGCUGGGGAGAGACAUGUGGACACGUGGCCUCUAUGGCUCCUGCCUGCCAGAUCCUCCGCUGGGCCCUCGCCCUGGGGCUGGGCCUCACGUUCGAGGUCACGCACGCCUUCCGGUCUCAAGAUGAGUUCCUGUCCAGUCUGGAGAGCUAUGAGAUCGCCUUCCCCACCCGAGUGGACCACAACGGGGCACUGCUGGCCUUCUCACCGCCAACCCCCAGGAGGCAGCGUCGGGGAACAGGGCCCCAAGCAGAGUCCCGCCUUUUCUACAAGGUGGCAGCACCCAGCACCCACUUCCUGCUGAACCUGACCCGCAGCCCUCGCCUCCUGGCGGGGCAUGUCUCCGUGGAGUACUGGACUCGAGAGGGCCUGGCCUGGCAGAGGGCCGCCCGGCCCCACUGCCUCUACGCCGGCCACCUGCAGGGCCAGGCCAGCAGCUCCCACGUGGCCAUCAGCACCUGUGGGGGCCUGCAUGGCCUGAUUGUGGCAGAUGAAGAAGAAUACUUAAUCGAGCCCCUGCAAGGAGGGCCCAAGGGGCAGCGGGGCCCAGAGGAGAGUGGUCCCCACGUGGUGUACAAGCGUUCCUCCCUGCGUCACCCCCACCUGGACACAGCCUGUGGAGUGAGAGAUGAGAAACCGUGGAAGGGGCGGCCUUGGUGGCUGCGCACCCUGAAACCGCCACCUGCCUGGCCCCUCGGGAAUGAAACAGAGCGCGGCCAGCCAGGCCUGAAGCGCUCGGUCAGCCGAGAGCGCUAUGUGGAGACCCUGGUGGUGGCUGACAAGAUGAUGGUGGCCUACCACGGGCGCCGAGACGUGGAACAGUAUGUGCUGGCCAUCAUGAACAUUGUUGCCAAACUUUUCCAGGACUCGAGUCUGGGAAACAUCGUUAAUAUCCUGGUAACACGCCUCAUCCUGCUCACGGAGGACCAGCCCACCCUGGAGAUCACCCACCAUGCUGGGAAGUCCCUGGACAGCUUCUGUAAGUGGCAGAAAUCCAUCGUGAACCGUAGCGGCCAUGGCAAUGCCAUUCCAGAGAACGGCGUGGCCAACCAUGACACAGCGGUGCUCAUCACACGCUAUGACAUCUGCAUCUACAAGAACAAACCCUGCGGCACACUAGGCCUGGCCCCCGUGGGCGGGAUGUGUGAGCGAGAGAGAAGUUGUAGCAUCAACGAAGACAUCGGCCUGGCCACAGCAUUCACCAUUGCCCACGAGAUCGGACACACGUUUGGCAUGAACCAUGACGGCGUGGGGAACAGCUGCGGGGCCCGUGGCCAGGACCCGGCCAAACUCAUGGCCGCGCACAUCACCAUGAAGACCAACCCGUUUGUGUGGUCCUCCUGCAGCCGUGACUACAUCACCAGCUUUCUGGACUUGGGCCUGGGGCUCUGCCUGAACAACCGGCCGCCCAGACAGGACUUCGUGUACCCAACGGUGGCCCCCGGCCAGGCCUAUGAUGCAGACGAACAAUGCCGCUUCCAGCAUGGAGUCAAAUCGCGUCAGUGUAAAUACGGGGAACAUCUUCCUGGCCUUCCUGGCAAAGGGGAGGUCUGCAGCGAGUUGUGGUGUCUGAGCAAGAGCAACCGGUGCAUCACCAACAGCAUCCCGGCCGCCGAGGGCACGCUGUGCCAGACGCACACCAUCGACAAGGGGUGGUGCUACAAGCGGGUCUGCGUCCCCUUCGGGUCGCGGCCGGAGGGCGUGGACGGCGCCUGGGGCCCGUGGACCCCGUGGGGCGACUGCAGCCGGACGUGCGGCGGCGGCGUGUCCUCCUCCAGCCGUCACUGCGACAGCCCCAGGCCGACGAUCGGGGGCAAGUACUGCCUGGGCGAGAGACGGAGGCACCGUUCCUGCAACACCGAUGACUGUCCCCCAGGCUCCCAGGACUUCAGGGAAAUGCAGUGCUCUGAAUUUGACAGUGUCCCUUUCCGUGGAAAAUUCUACACGUGGAAAACGUACCGGGGAGGGGGCGUGAAGGCCUGCUCGCUCACGUGCCUAGCAGAAGGCUUCAACUUCUACACGGAGAGGGCGGCGGCUGUGGUGGACGGGACGCCCUGCCGCCCAGACACAGUGGACAUUUGUGUCAGCGGCGAGUGCAAGCACGUGGGCUGCGACCGGGUCCUGGGCUCUGACCUGCGGGAAGACAAGUGCAGAGUGUGUGGGGGUGAUGGCAGCGCCUGCGAAACCAUCGAGGGGGUCUUCAGCCCAGCCUGGCCUGGAGCCGGGUACGAGGAAGUCGUCUGGAUCCCCAAAGGCUCCGUCCACAUUUUCAUCCAGGACCUGAACCUCUCCCUCAGUCACCUGGCCCUGAAGGGGGACCAGGAGUCCCUGCUGCUGGAGGGGCUGCCUGGGACCCCCCAGCCCCACCGCCUGCCCCUGGCCGGGACCACCUUUCAGCUGCGACAAGGGCCGGAUCAGACCCAGAGCCUAGAAGCCCUGGGACCCAUUAACGCAUCUCUCAUCAUCAUGGUGCUGGCCCGGACUGAGCUGCCGGUCCUCCGCUACCGCUUCAAUGCACCCAUCACCCGAGAUGCACUGCCUCCGUACUCCUGGCACUACGCGCCCUGGACCAAGUGCUCGGCCCAGUGUGCAGGCGGCAGCCAGGUGCAGGCUGUGGAGUGCCGCAACCAGCUGGACAGCUCAGCCGUGGCUCCGCACCACUGCAGCGCCCACAGCAAGCUACCCAAGAGGCAGCGCGCCUGCAACACAGAGCCCUGCCCACCCGACUGGGUCGUAGGAAACUGGUCGCGCUGCAGCCGCAGCUGUGAUGCGGGCGUGCGCAGCCGCUCCGUCGUGUGCCAGCGCCGCGUGUCGGCCGCCGAGGAGAAGGCGCUGGACGACAGCGCUUGCCCGCAGCCGCGCCCACCGGUGCUGGAGGCCUGCCACGGCCCGGCCUGCCCUCCAGAGUGGGCCGCCCUCGACUGGUCGGAGUGCACCCCCAGCUGCGGGCCGGGCCUCCGCCACCGUGUCGUCCUUUGUAAGAGCGCAGAUCACCGCGCCACACUGCCCCCCACGCACUGCCCGCCCGCGGCCAAGCCGCCGGCGACCAUGCGCUGCAACCUGCGCCGCUGCCCGCCGGCCCGCUGGGUGGCGGGAGAGUGGGGUGAGUGCUCCGCGCAGUGCGGCUUCGGGCAGCAACAGCGCCCGGUGCGCUGCUCCAGCCACACAGGGCAGCCCUCACGCGAGUGCGCGGACGCCCUGCGGCCCCCCGCCACGCAGCAGUGCGAGGCCAAGUGUGACAGCGCGCCCCCCGGCGACGGCCUGGAAGAGUGCAAGGAUGUGAACAAGGUCGCCUACUGCCCCCUGGUGCUGAAAUUUCAGUUCUGCAGCCGAGCCUACUUCCGCCAAAUGUGCUGCAAAACCUGUCAAGGCCGCUAGAGGGCGCACGGUCCUCGGAGCCAAGGCUGGGGGCCGGCUGGGGAUGGGGGUGGGGCGACCAGGCCUGCAGCUGGCCAGCCUGAAGGAGCCCGAGGGGGGCAGGAGCUGGGAGUGAAGGGUGAGACGGAGCCGGAAGUUAUUUAUUGGGAACUCUUGCGGGGCUCCUGGCUGAGGGGGAUGGAGAGGGGCUGGCCACGCCCACGGCCCCUCCUUUUCCCGUCUCCCAGUUCAGAAUAAGACCCCCUCCAGGGUGGGUUUGAGGUGGGAACAACUGUUCGCCCUAAUGCUCUUGCCACCCACCCUGAGGGAGACCCCCAGCACAACCCCCGCCUUUGAUCGGAAUAUGUACUGUGAAGAGUGGGGGUGGGGAGGGGGUCAGCCGGUGCCCUGCCCCCCGCCCCAGCACUGCCCUACCCCUCCACUCUGAGCUGGGGGGGAAUCUAUGUCCGCCACGGGGGAGGGGAUUAGCACGACCUCCCUGACACCCUCCACCUAACCAGACCAGCUACAGGGGGAGGCAGAGCUGGGAAGAUCCACCCCAUCCUGUGCCCUGCCUGCCCCAGGGGGACCAUGUCAUCCAGGCCACCCCCAUCAUGGUGCUACAGGCCCUGCCCUGGGGCCCACACACCCCUCGCCAGGAAGCCCUACAUCAAUAAAGUUCUGUCUUGUGUAGA